AUGGAGGAGUAUAUUUUCCACAAGAGAUCUGAUACAAGAAAACUUUGUUUGGCAAAGGUCCGUAAGGUGAAUGAUUUAUUGGUGGCUACGGGGGUGUGGAACGUGCCCCUGAUUAACAGGUUGUUUUCGGAAGAGGAAGCAGAGGCGAUUAUGGCUAUGCCUUUGAGUCGUAGGAAUGUGGUGGAUCGGUUGGUAUGGAAGUUAUCCCGAGAUGGGAAGUUCUCGAAGAAGUUCUGGAAGGUGGAUAUACCGAACAAAGCAAAGAUACACAUGUGGAGAGUGUGCCUUGACAUUCUGCCAUAUGUAGGCAAUUUGGCUACGAGGCGAGUAAUUUUGGAUUCUCAGGUAUGUUAUAACCCUCAGAUAGAGCAUGGGGAUGUUCUUUCUUGGCUGAAUAGGUGUGCCCAAUCUCUUUCUCUUACUCAGUUUGGUGAGCUUUUAUUCUUACUUUGGGGAGUAUGGAAGGAAAGAAAUGACAGGGUCUGGAACCAGAAGAGAAGGGAGGCAGGUGAUGUGUGUUUGGGGCUGAUAUCCCGUCUACAGGAGUUUCGGUUUCAUAACUCAAAGCCGUCCCGAAGUAGAAGUGCUAGUUUAAGGGCAGUUCGUUGGGUUGCCCCACCAGCGGGUUUUCUGAAAAUAAAUGUGGAUGGUGCUUUCCAUCAUCAAACUAGAGCAGGUGGAUUGGGUUUUGUGAUCAGGAAUGAAUGGGGCACUCUGUUGGCAGGGGGAGCUUGUCCUCUACAGGGGUUGAUUUCCCCUGAACAUGCGGAGGUGCUGGCGUGUCAACAUGCUUUGGAAUUCGCUCGAAACUAUGGAUUUGCUCCAGCAAUCUUGGAAACAGAUGCCAUGGAGGUGCAGCGUCAGCUCAUGGCCUGCAGCUCAACCAAUACUUUUGCACUAGGAAGGAUUUAUGAGGAUGUGGGAGUCCUUCUGGAUUUUCAGCCUGGUAUGCAGGUGUGUUAUGUUGGUCGUAGUGGAAAUAUGGUAGCACACCAGCUGGCUACCCGUGCUUGCGGUCUUGGAGAGGCUCAAUUUUAUUUUACUGCUCCUGAUCAGUUUCUUAUAGCUGCUGUUAUAGCAGAUCUUUGUAUUGUGUAA